AUUUAUAAACAAUAACUUUGACACAGUAUGCUUGGUGUACGAUUGUUUUCAAAACAAAACUUAUAAAAAAUGUUUGGCAUGUGAUCCGCAACAGAACUGUAUAAACUUUGAUUAAGAUCGAAUUAAUUGUUUCAGUUUACAUAGCACUAUCUUGACUUCAUCAAACAGAUAAUAUUUUGACAAAGACAGCAUUUUAAGUAUUGUUUUACGUUAUGAAUUGUAAUUAUCAAAUAUAAUGUAUAACUCGGACUGGAAGAAGACGUUUAAGAAUUUGUAACAGUGCGAAAAUCGGAGAAACCUGCGAGAAGUUAUUGUAUUCAUAGGGAUACUCCACAGACAAAAGAAAAAUGAUAACGAUUAUACCAAAUGAGUAGACUUCGCAACGUAUUGCUAACAUGGGUCAACAAGUAAGUGUAGAAACGUUUACAUCAACAAAGGAUUCCGAUGGAAACAAAUACUGGACAAGCUUUGACCCAUACCCCUUCAAAGUUGGGAGCAAGAAACUCGUCUACAUGGGUAUUCUUAACGGCGAUGGACCUUUAAAGGGUCAGAAAUGUGUCGUCAAAACUGUGCGGAAUGGCGCCAUAACCCGAAGAGAUUGGAUGUUGGAAUCAAAUCGAUCAAAAGUAGCAAGAGAUAUGGCAAACUCUUAUAACAAGGUUGUUACUCGAGAUGAAAGAAAAAUCUCCUUUAACUGUCCGAUAAUGGCAGAAAUUGAUACAAUGUCUGACUGUUUGUGUAUCAAUGACAUUCUUGGAAAGCCGAAAAAGAAAUGGACAGAUUCGGAAUUUGUGUCCAUUGAAUUAUAUCUACGAGGUCAUUUCGACGAAUUUGAAUAUGGAUGGGUUUCGCCAGAGGAAUUGAUAGAUACUGAGGCAUUUUCGCAUUUUACUUGGUGUCAGAGCGAGGGCAGAAUAUUGGUAUCCAACCUACAAGGGGUGAAGACGUCAAAUGCCUAUCAUUUCACUGGACCAGUAAUUCAUUCCGAAGACAUGACAUACGGUACUUCUGAUUUAGGUCAGAAAGGAAUUAAAGGUUUCUUUAAAUUGCACCAAUGCAAUCGAAUUUGCAAAAACUGGCCUAGACUCGGGGAUGGAGCUGACUUGAGGGGCUGGGGAGAGUAUAUCGUUAUAGGAGAAAAAAACCCGACUGCACCACCACUUCCUUCCGCUUACUCCUUUUCUCCACCGCCAUACACGGAACGUGACGGUAUGCCUUAUCUAACAGAAAUUCCGGAGGAAACUGAAACAGAUGAAAAUCAGUUACAUGGAAUAUCACAUAACACGCAAAACGACAUUCAAAUGCAACGUAACAUGCAACGGAUCCCGGCACCGCAGUUUCAACAAACUGCUUAUCACCAACGCGGCUCGCAGUGGCAAAACAGUAAUGGUCAAGGAUUUUGUCUGGAUUGGCAUGAAGAAUUUAUCAAUCAGAGUAUGAAUUUUGACCCCAGUUGUUGCCAUGACAACCCUGUUCUCCAGGAUGAAAUGUUUGGUAGGCAGUUAAUGUGGAUUGUAAAGCAAAUGAGUUACGCAGUAUACGCAGCUCCUCCGCCUCCAUAUUUUACACGUGCACAGCCAAGACGCGAGAUUACGCAACAUGAUUUCACGGAUAGGUCAAGCGCACGUGAAAAGAAACGUAACCUGGAAUACGAUGAUGACUUUUUGUUACCUCCACCAUACGCGGAGGAAAGUGUUGAUCCAGAACUGGAAUAUGUGACAUAUCUGUAAAGGCAUACUCGAAAAGAACGUCUGUGGAUACUGAUAAUGUUGAGGCUUACUCACAAAUUGUCAACUGGACUUUAUAUAUACAUGUACAGUACGUUCUGUCUGCAUCGUGAAAGUUUAACGGAUAACCAGAUAUUAGCUGUUUGAUUUAUAAUUGCAAAAACCAUUUUAAUGCAGUGCUAAUAUUUGUACAUUUUCUCUAAUUACCAACUGGCUGGUUCUUGUUGGCACUUCAAUGAUCUUGCUUAUUUGUGUUUUAUCAGAGGUCCAAGCCAUUUAUCAUUUGUUUUUCAAAUGUAUAACAACGGUCAUUUAAUACAAUCCCAUUUUCGGAAUUUUACACCACGUACUAACUCGUUCCACGUACAUUAGCGGCAGCUUCUAACCAUGAAUCAGAGGUUGAGGAUGAGCAUUUUUGACAUAUCUUAUCUUUUGAAAAUUUAUAACAAAGAACAUUGCCCCGCCCCUCUUUCAUACUAAUCUUGGGUCGUGCUGAGUCUUAAAUUUAAAUUUUCACUUAAACAACUUCAGCACCACAAAUACAGUUAUUAUGUUUAUCACAUGUUUGACUUCGCGGGCGUCUGAAUUUCAGUUUUAGUUCAUGUACUAUUAUGUGCAACUAGCCUAGCGGUGUUGUUGAUAUCAUUGACUUUGUUAAGUAAAGGGAUCCGCUACUAAAUGAGAUACACUACAGUACGAAGUUUAAUGGCACAUAAGUUUUUGAUUCAGUUUGCACUAAGACCUUUACUGCGGCGUCAAAAAUCCUUCCCUAUCAUCGAAGACCUGCCAAAAUACCAGUACAUUUGCCAUUAAAUGUAUUAAAUGUCAGAUUUUGAAUACAUACAGAUACAUAUAAGCAUUAAGUAUAGUCGUAAAGACGUAAAUAAAAGACCAAGUCAAUCAUAAUGCACUAAGUUAAGUUGUAAAUGAAAAUUGAUAUGCGUUUCGAAUCGAGCUUCAUGGCGAUUAUAGCUUUUUAGAGUGCUUCAUUCGCAUCAGUUUCCAUUGCAUAACAUAAAAAUACUAGCUUAUAUUACAGUAACUGCAGUAAGUACAAAAAUGUCAAAUCAGUACUUUUCAGAUUUUAUUUGCAUUAUUUUUGGAAAUAUUUCAAUUGGAGUCAUUAUACUUACGCGCAUUGUUACUGCUUUGAUUGUUGAUAAAAGUUAUAUCCAGUGCAUAAAAGUAAGUCAUUGUUAUGUGACUGGUGGUCAAAGGCUUGUGGUGCACAUGUAAAACGAAUACAAAGGUCGCAUUCGGGCCAUUUAAAACUAAUUCGGAUCAACAGCACGGUUGGCAAAUAAAGAAAAAGAUCUUAUGUCAAAAUUCUGAACAUUUCUAUUCUUUCAGUAGUAUGGCACUUAAACUUUAGCCUGCUUGCGGUAAGUGAUUCUGCCUUUGCGACUAGUACAGACCAAGAUCAGCAUGCACAACCAUGAUCUGCACUGUUCGCUAUUCAGUCAGUAAUUUUUCAGUGAAUACCCUUUCGAAUAAGAAAUGGUAUUGCCCAAAUUGAAUGAUGGACCGGUCUAUUUGAGAAAUUUAGCAGGCUAGAGAAUAAAUUGGAAGAACCAACUUCCUAUCUAGUAAUGAUUUCUUUUUGUCGUUUUUGUUGCUGUUUUACUUUUUAUCUUGUUUUAAUAUAUGCAAAUUAUAUGUUACAAUUGUUCGUUUUUUCCAAAGUUAUUUUGUCAUAUUGAAAAGAUCAUCCUGUUAUGUAUUUGAUCUUAGAAUGGUUCAAAGAAUCAGUAAAGGUAAUAAAUGAAAUAUAUAUAUUUAAGUAAGAAAUGUU